AUGCCUUACCAGAAGCAGGCACUGAUCAACCUGAGGAAGGAGAGCCCUCGGGUUGUGGAAGUUUUAAGCAAGCUGGAAGAACACCCUUGUUGUAACCGCCUGCCCCUGGAGUCGUUCCUGUGCCUGCCUUUCCAGAGGAUCUCACGCCUCAAGAUUCUCAUGGAGAUGGUGCUAAAGAGGACAGGCUUGGGCUCGGACCUUCGAGUUUCAGCAGAGGGAGCAGUGAGGGAGGUCUCCAAGGUGUUGGAAGCAUGCAAUAGAGAAGUGGGCAAAAUGAAACAGAUGGAAGAGUUGGUGCACAUUGCCAACAAAACAGCCUUUCAGUGCAAGUCUCUACCUCUGGUAUCAUCAUCACGCUGGCUGGUUAAGGAGGGGGAUAUGGUUCAGCUCUCUUUGAAUGAGAACAUUUUUAGCCAGAAGAGAAUAUCUUCUGUACAUUUGUUUCUCUUCAAUGAUCUUCUACUGGUGACCACAAAGAAAGGAUCAGACAGGUACGUGGUGUGUGAUCAUGCCCACCGUUCCCUGAUCGAAGUAAGCGAGGGUGCUGAGCUAGAGCAGGACCUGGACGGAUGUGAUCUGAACCUCAUCUUUCAACUGGCUCUUGUAAAGAACCACAGAGGGGCCACGUCCCAUUUCUUGCUACAAUCCUCUACCCAAGCAGAGAGAGAUGCCUGGCUAGAGUUGCUGAGUACUCAGAGGAGUGCAGACGAAGGAGUGUAUGAAGAGUGGGAUUGCCCUCAGGCGCGGUGUGUUGAAGUGUACCAUGGAAACCAGCCAGGAGAGCUCAGUCUAGAGCGAGAAGACAUAGUCAGCAUCUUCCACAAAACAAAUGAUGGGUACAUGGAGGGCCGACGACUUCAUGACGGGCAGAUCGGCCGGUUCCCCGCCGCGUGCGUGGUGGAGAUCUCCAGCGAGCAUGUGCAGAGACGACACUUGCGUGAGCGCUACCACGUCCUCCAGACAGCCGCGCGCAUGCUGAAAUGGCACAUUCGCCAGGACUGCCACACCACCAACUGCUUCCGAUAG